AUGCCAGAGCACAAUGCAAAGAUGAAGGAUAAACAAAAGGAUACUGAAGCAGCCUCUACUCACAUUUUUGAAAGGUCAACGUCCAAGGAUGGGCAAGCGGCUGCAAGAGAAAAUGAGACGGAGAAGCAACAGGAUUCACGGAACAAAAGCUCGCAACAAGAAAUGUCACGUGGCAGCACAAAGCUGGCAGGCAUGUCAAAGAGGUCUGGCACAAAGGGAGAGGAGAGGCGAAGUCAGAUUGCAAACGAGCUCCAAAACAUGGACAAAGGAAGAUCUUCAGGGCAACCCAGUCCAUCCUCAGGGCAAACCCGUGUAUCAGAGGAAACCGAGAAAGGAUCAGGGUCAAACUCGAACAAGGACUCAGACAGUGGCAAAAUCCAAAGCGCACAUGAUGAGGAAAUCGUGGCAAGAGGAGCUGAUAAUGCAGAGGUAAAGGCUGUUGUAGAGGUCUCAAAACCUGAAGAUAAGAAUUCAUCAACAUCAGAUGUGGCAUCUAGCACUCGAAAACCGUCAACAUUAUCUGAUGCACCAGGAGGAAGUAAAAGGCAUUGGGGCCGUACCCCUGGGAAGAAAAACCUGUCAAUGGAAUCUAUUGAUUUCACAGCGGAAGUGGAUGAGGACAAUGCUGACAUUGAGAGACUUGAGUCAACCAAAUUGGAGCUGCAAAACAAAAUUACAGAAGAGGUCAAAAACAAUGCAGUUCUACAGGCUAGUUUGGAGCGACGGAAGAAGGCUUUGUACGGGCGGCGCCAAGCUCUAGAGCAAGAUGUGGAAAGACUACAAGAACAGUUGCAGCAAGAGAGAGACAGGAAAUUAGCCCUGGAAACAGGACUGAACGUGUCAAAAGGGAAUCAACCUAUUCCAGAAACAAUCGAUGAAAAGUUGAAGAAAGAUCUGCAAGACGUAGCUCAGGCGGAGGCUGAUAUUGCCAACUUGGAACAUAAAGUUGAUGAUCUUGAAAAUAGACUUGGUCAACAGGACGUAAAAGCCUCUGGUUCCACGCAUGGUAACAGCAAAGAAUCUCGGAAAAUGCCAGAGCACAAUGCAAAGAUGAAGGAGAAACAAAAGGAUAUUGAAGCAGCCUCUACUCACAUUUUUGAAAGGUCAACGUCCAAGGAUGGGCAAACGGCUGCAAGAGAAAAUGAGACGGAGAAGCAANAACAGGUCAAAAACAAUGCAGUUCUACAGGCUAGUUUGGAGCGACGGAAGAAGGCUUUGUACGGGCGGCGCCAAGCUCUAGAGCAAGAUGUGGAAAGACUACAAGAACAGUUGCAGCAAGAGAGAGACAGGAAAUUAGCCCUGGAAACAGGACUGAACGUGUCAAAAGGGAAUCAACCUAUUCCAGAAACAAUCGAUGAAAAGUUGAAGAAAGAUCUGCAAGACGUAGCUCAGGCGGAGGCUGAUAUUGCCAACUUGGAACAUAAAGUUGAUGAUCUUGAAAAUAGACUUGGUCAACAGGACGUAAAAGCCUCUGGUUCCACGCAUGGUAACAGCAAAGAAUCUCGGAAAAUGCCAGAGCACAAUGCAAAGAUGUAA